AUGAAGGUUACCGCUACAUACGCUGCAGAAGCACCGCCAAGCGCGAAGAAAGCUACUGCGAAGAAUCAGCUCGACGCUCUGAAGGAGAUGUCGAAAGUGGUCGCAGACACCGGGGAGAUCGAUUCGAUCAAGAGCUACAGGCCCUACGAUGUCACUACGAAUCCCAGUCUGGUACUGAAAGCUGUUCAGAAUCCUCAAUAUGAGCACUUGCUUGGAGAGGCCCUGGCGAUGGAUGACCACAGCUACCCAGCUGCCAGGUGUUCCAGGCCACAAUCAAAUGUUGCCGACAUCCUGGCUGUCAACAUCGGCGCUGACCUCUUGAAGAUUGUUCCUGGACGGGUUUCUACCGAGUGUGAUGCUCACCUCUCCUACGACACUCAGGCGACCAUUGAAAAGGGGCUCAGGAUCGUUGACCUGUACGCAAAGAAGGGCGUUGACACGAGCAGAUUGUACAUCAAGAUUGCAUCGACCUGGGAGGGCAUCCGCGCCUGCGAAGCACUGCAGAAGCAGGGCAUCGAGACCAACAUGACGCUCCUGUUCUCCUUUGCCCAGGCUGCUGCAUGCGCGGACGCCGGUGCCAGCCUGAUAUCCCCCUUUGUGGGGCGCAUCAUGGACUGGUACAAGGCCAAGGAGGGCCGCAGCUUUGCGCCGCACGAGGACCCGGGCGUCAUCAGCGUGCACCGCAUCUACAAGUACUACAAGCAGUACAAGUACAACACGAUCGUGAUGGCCGCGUCCUUCAGGAACGCCGGCGAGAUCCGCGAGCUGGCCGGGUGUGACAACAUCACAAUUUCACCUGCGCUGUUGGGCGAGCUGGAGGCCUCGACAGAGCCGCUGCCGCGCAAGCUUUGGCCGGAGAUGGGCGGCUGCAGCGAGCCCAAGGUCGACCUGACCGCCGAGUCCUAUGACCUCUUCAAGAAGCUGCACGGCGAGGACGAAAUGGCGGUCGCCAAGCUGGCAGAGGGGAUCCAGGGCUUCUCCAAGGAUCAGGAGAAGCUGGAAAGCAUGGUGGCCAAGCUCGUUUCCUCUUAAAAGCUGCGCCAGUACAAGAGAGGGUCCAAGGCAAGGUAAGCUUGCAUUGCCAUGCCUUCAUCCCAAGGAUGAGCAGCAAAAGGUUGUGUCUGAACCGAAAGGCUCAGUGGUGCACAGAUUGGCAUGCGAUGCAGGGACUUGCUGCUGCUCAGCUGCCAGGCAUGUUCUUGUAUGCUCGUGUCAUGCCUCACCUUUGUCUCCUGAACAAAAGAAUUGUGCUUUCAGUGCCAUUUUUGGCGAUGUAGUUGCUCUUUUUUAACAGUGUCGUGGCACUGCAAUUGAUGUAACAAUAUAUGUCAGAAGGUCUUGCCUUCAAGGCAGGUGUGUUAGGCUCAGUAAAACGCUUGGAUUCCUCCUUGUCAGAUUGUGCCAGGAAGACUGUGAUAACAUUAGAUUGCUGCCAUCCCCAAAAAUUGAUCUCCGCAACCACCAGACAAGCAUCCUUUGUGUCUCUGUGUCUUGCACAAGGCGAGUGUCUGCUACUUUUGGAUUCAGAGCGCACUAGGCGCCUUUUUUAGGCUGGGUUUUCCCAUUGUUGCCAGCAGCUGUUGAAUGCAUGCAAAGAAUUACAAAUGCUACCUGUGUUUUUGGCGUCACAAAUCAACAGGCCUGGACCUGUUAGUUUCCAGCAGUCUCAUUACUUGUAGUCAGACGUGACGAGAAGAAGAACGAAGUUAUUAUCAAUUUUAAUGGAGUGACGUGUGUAUCCUUGGUGAUUGCUUCAUCAAUCAUGAUGGCAGUGAAUGUGUAAGAUGCUACUGUGC